AGAGGACAACCCCUGGGCAAGUUUUUGCGCUGACGAGCGCCCAAAGGAACAACGGAACAGCAUCAGGGUGAACAAGCCAAAGGGAAUGUAACAAACGCUACAGCAGCUGAGCCAUUCCAAUAAGCAAGCCCUCAAUGAUAAAGGAGACACAGAAUCAAGAUGUUCAACAACAAGAAACCAGCAGCUCCUUUGAUGCCUUUGGAAUUUUUGGUGAGAUGAAAGGGGAGCAAGAGAAGACGGAGAUGGAGGUUGUAAUUGGAAAUCAGCACCCAACCACAUUUCACAACAGUCUUGAUUCAAAGAUUUCCUCACCCCAGGCCCUUAGAGAUGAUGUCAUCAGUAGCAUCCAGCCAUUCCCAACAUCAAAUCCACCAGAAAUGCAUCAAGCAAGAAGGGUCGGAGAGGACGGACCUGGGGUUUCCUCACUCCAGGCCGUUAAAGACGAAGCCAUCAAUAGCAUUCAGCCAUUACCUACAUCAACUCCACCAUCACUGAAUCGAGCAAGAAGGAUCAGAGAGGAUGGACCUGGAGCCUAUGCUGUGCUUGGGAUCAGACCAAUAUUUCACCGCCCAAGAAGUAGCCCAUUGACUGGAAGGAUUCCUGACACAGAAGGGCUGGGACUGGAAUUGGUGCCGGCAUCUCAAAUGGACAGAUAUCGUGCGGAUACUCUGAUUCAUGCUGACCCAAUUGAUGCCUCAGAAAAUGGGAGGAUUCCAACAGCAGAGCCAAUAACAACAAGGGCAAAGAAAAUUUGGAAGAAGAAACUGUUCCUGUUCCUCUCCCUGGAAACAAUGGUUGCCCAAGCAAUUGUUUUAAUUAUUCUUGUGGCACUUCUUCUUGCUCCAAAAUCGAGAAAUCAAACACAGCCAGUGAAGCAGCAAAAUGGAGUGAUUCCAAUGCAAGAAAAUCCAGGGACAAUAGCUUCAAUCACACAAGCACCACCAACAUCAAUGUCGCUAUGGGAAAGGCUAAAUCUACCUGGCUACACCCUCAGGGCUAUGGAGAAUCCUAGUUCUCCACAGACCCAGGCAUAUCAAUGGCUCAGCAACAAUGUCAACAAAUCCAACAAUACACAACUUCUCCCGGUAUGGAGACUGAAGCAAAGGUUUGCACUAGCCACAUUUUAUUAUUCAACACGGGGGGAACAUUGGGUAAAAAAUGAAGGCUGGCUAGAUUGGGAUUCCAAUGAGUGCAACUGGGAACAAAUUACUGGGGACCCAAACCAAGCCAAUUAUUGUGAUGACAAUGGGCAACUCCUCUCAUUGAAAUUUUGGUAUGCCAACAACUUGGACGGAACCAUGCCGGCAGAAAUAUCCCUGCUUCACGAGAGCUUGGAAGAACUUGCAAUAUCUUGGAGCUACCAGCUCAAAGGAAGCAUACCAACAGAGGUUGGGCUUAUGACAAGGCUGACACUCUUGUGGUUUACCACAACUCACUUGUCUGGCACACUACCAACAGAACUGGGUCGGCUACGAAACUUGGAGAGACUAUGGAUCUCAGGUAGCGAAUUUGAUGGGACUUUACCUACUGAGCUGGGCAACCUUAGCAACCUGACAGAACUUGUAUUCGAUAAAGCGAGGUUUUCUGGGUCAAUCCCCACUGAGAUUCUUGGAUUGUCGAACCUGAAGACCUUGGGUUUCUUAGAGUGCCCUUUGUUGGAUACAGCAUCUUUCCUCUCUGAGGUGGUUGAAAACCUGCACAAUUUGGAGUCGCUGAGUCUACGCUAUCAAAAACCUGUGGGGUUCACAUCAAUCCCAUCUGAAAUUGGCAGGCUGACCAACCUGGUAAAUCUUGUUUUCACUGACUUUCAACUCAAUGGGACAAUUCCAAGUGAGAUGGGAUUGUUGACAAAGCUCAACUGUUUGAACUUGCAAAGGAACUCCAUCACUGGCACAUUUCCAGAAGAGUUAUCAAAGAUGUCCCAGCUGAAAGUACUGCGCAUUUGUUCCAACCAAUUAGAAGGCAGACCACUAGAACAAGAUGUGUUCCCCCAACUCACCCAGCUACAGAAGUUGCAUAUCAAUGACAAUCUUUUCUCAGGCUCUAUUGCAACAGGAAUUGGUUUGUGGUCUAGCCUCAAGAAGCUUGAACUGCAAAACACGAAAAUGUCUGGCUCUCUUCCGACGGAACUGCUUUUGUUGGACAACUUGACCAGCUUGGUCGUGAUGAACACAUCCUUAUCUGGGAGCAUCCCCGUGGGAUUAUGUGGUGUCAUACUCACGCCAAGUGAAAUGAAACAUUUUGGUGGGAAACGCUAUGCUGUUCCAACAACCAACCUGUCAGUCUGCUAUGGAACUAAUCUUUGUGGCUGCAGUUGUGCUCCUUGCUUCUGAACUAACUAACCGACUCGACCGGACUCUAUUCUCUAGCUACCGGUAGUCUACUAGAGCCUGGCUAGUACUAGGUACAAGGUGCAGAUGGGCCCUUCAAGCCUCAUCAUCGUACUCUGGGAUGGGUUAGGUCCAUGUACAGGGCAGCCCGAUCAUUUUGGUCCAAGUGCGACGAGAACACCGUGGUCGGAGGGGCCUUUGUUUUGGUCCUUGCAGAUGCAAAAGGGCGGGCACUAUGUCCCGUUUGCUUUUUGACACUGACAAAGUGUGUUGGUAGCCGCAUUGUCAAAUAAGUUUGAUGAAAAGUCCCACAGCUCAGGAUUCGCUCGAAAAGGAUACGAAUGUACGAAUGCCGAGAAUUUUUGAAGGAAUGCUGGUAGGACCACUUACUUAGAUCGUCCUAUUGGGCGAGGUCCUUUUGAUUUUGAGUUGCUGGCUUUUCCUGGUUGAGAAUUGAGAACAAUAAGUUCUCUGGCCGGGCAUCUUGCAUGAUCUUAAAAUCUGUAUCAUGCGACUUCUUUGACUCUCCUUUCCUAUGCUGGCUGGAUGGGCCAUCCGAUGGAAAUCGCUUUCACGAGAAGGUAGCAACUGUAUGAUAGGGACAAUGUCAUGAUACACUCGAAACUCGAAGAUGCCAAAUAUACCAACCAUGCACCCAUGGAUUGCUACUAGCUAGUCUACCGGUACUACAUUGUCAUGUAAUGGGACAGCAGGCCAUAUCCCCAUUUCCGACAAAACCUAGUCAAUUGGUUCGAUUUGCUGAGGGUGUCUUGUAAAACAUGUUGGGG